AUGGAUAUUGAAUAAGAAAAUGAUAAAGUUGUAGAUUCGAAUGUGAAUAAUGAAGAAUAAAUAGAUAAUAAUAAUAAUAGCGAGUAACAAGGAGUAGUAUAAAUAAAUACAGAAGGAAAUCAGAUAAAUCAUAGUGUAAUAGACUGUGAAGUUUAAUUACCUGCUGCAGCAAUAAAAUUAGAUAAAUAAGAGCCUUUAAAACAUGAACAUGCAAUAGGGUAGAGUAUAAGAUCAGAAUAAUUGAGAUUAUAGAUUGGUAAAAAGUUAGCAGAGAAUCCAGAUUUUUAUUAAAAAAGUAAAUGGCUAGGAAUAAAUGCAUCAAGCACAACAACAAAAUAAUUACCAUUUUAAGGAGAGAGAAAUGCUUAUAAUUUUUGGAAAUCAUAAGUAACAAAUGAUGCAAAAGAUAUAUAUUAUUCAUUGUUUCAUAGAUAGAUAGUGUAAAGUAUAUUAAAAAUGAUAAAUGAUUAGAUGAAAGAUCAUUUUUCUGAGUAACAUGAGAAAGAUGUAAAAAAAAGGUUGUUUAAGUUGGAUCAGAUUUAUGAGUAUUUUGGAGUUAAGAUAUUGAUGGGUUAUAAUAGAAUGCCUGAUCCAGAAGAUUAUUUUAAUGAUAAGUUACCUUUUCGUAAUAAGAUAGGAGAAUUAAUAAAGGUUGGUAGAUUUAAAUUUUUAGAAUAAAAUACAAAUUUAAGAGAUGAAGUAAUGAUUUAAGCAAAGUAUCAUAAUCUAAAGUAAGAAGAUGUAGAAAAGAAAUUCAAAGUUGAAGGAGAAGUUUAUAGUUAUUUAACAAAGAAAUUGAAUAAGAAAUUUCGAAUAUCUCAUGAUGCAGGAUAAUGUUUAGCAAUAAUAAAAAACAAUUUAUUUGAAGCAUAAGAUUUAUAAGGAAGAUCGAUAGAAUGUAUAUUACUUAUGGAUGUUUAAACAUAAUAUAUAAUAGCAAUUAGAUUUUGUUAUAGAGAGAAUAUCAGUAAUACAAUAUUUAAUAUGUUGGAUCCAUAUAAACAUAAGAAUCACAAAUUGUAUUUUUAGUAAGAAUUAUUAACUCUUGAAUAAGUAUAAAUAUUAGUAGAAUUCUUUGCUAUAUAUUCAUGUGGUAUAUUAGCAACAAGUACAUAGACAUCAAAGAUAGAUUUUAAAGAAGGAUUAGUUACAAAUAAUCAUGUUAUGCUUCUUAAAUUAUUAACACCAAAUUAAACAGAUUUCAAAGUAUUUGCUUCUACAGCUGAUGGUUUUCAUAGAAAUACUAGUUAAGAUAAAAAGAGUUAUGCAGUUGUUAUUUAUUAAGAAUAUAUUAAAUUAGUAGAAUAAUUUCCUGCUUUGUCAGAUGCUUAUAAAUGUUUAUUUUCAUCUGCUACUGUUAAUGGAGCUAUUUAUACUGAAAUGUAAGAAAUUGUUAUUUGGAAUAGUUUUGUUGCUUUUAAAAGUAUUUAAAAAGUUAAUUCUUAAAUUAAUUUUUUAGAAUUUAGACUUACUUUAGCUAAAUAAUUAUUAAGAACAAAAAUGAAAAAUAUUCCUAAUGUUUCAGAAACACAUCAUACACUUUAAAAUGCUUAACCAAGAUUUUCUACUAUAGGAAUUGUGACUGAUAUUAUGGGUAGUUUUAAUCCUCAAGAUAUGGAAUUAUUACCUAAAAUUAAUUUCCAUAUUCCUAGGAAAUGUAAUCCACCUGCUAAAUUAUAGAAUAAACUAGUUUGUUUAGUUUGUAAGAAAGUUCCAACUGAAAUGGUAGAAUGUGAAUCAUGCUCUGAAAUUUCAGGUAAACUAAUAACAUUAUGUGCCACUGAAUGUUUUUCAUUAUUUCAUUAAGAACCUAAAAAGUAUGUAUAAUCAGCAAUGGAUUUACCAGUUCUUUAAUAAUCAGCUUAGUUUGAAUAAUCAACACUUGGUAAUUCAGAAGCUUAUUAAUAGUCUUAUAUUAAUAGACAAAGUAGAUGA